GAUCCCCCAUUCCUCUGCCGGCGGCCAACCGUGGGGCCACCUCUGCGGACCUUCAAUGGCGGUCCCGGACGAGUUGAUAAUGCGCAGAUGUUGGCACAAUAUGACCAGCCCGACAGGCCAGCCUCGCUACCCCAGCCGCCAAUUCGACAACCCGCCGUCGUUGACCUGACCGCAGGCGGUCCGGAGUCGCAAGAUAGAGAACCGCCCCCGAAACGACCGAGAUUGGAUGUUCCAAGUGGAACGAGUACUUCAGAUACUGGCGCAGGGGUGGGAGAAACGAGGAGUACUCCCGGAAGUGCAAUUUCGCGACCUGCAGUCUCGUGGCGUGGCCGUCCGGUCUGGUCCUUCCAAGCUGUCGUGUCGGAAACCCCGAGCAAUGAGAAUAGAAGCGAUGGCGCCGGACCUAAGCCCCCAUCUCCACCUCCGUUGCCGGCUCAGCCUUGGAUGAACAAUUUUAUGGCCGAACCCGAGGGAAGCGCUGCCGUGAGGUCGAGGGAAAGCUCCCCAGUCGGAGCUGUGCAAACAACGCCGUAUCGCAUUGAGGUCCCUUCCGUUGCUCCGGUCUACAAAGAUCACAAACCCGCCGAUUUCACCCCGUGGACCGGAAACCACCCGGAGGACGUCCUGAGCGAGCAAACCGCGAAACAAGGGUAUUAUGACCGUACACAGGUCUCGCAGAACGAAUCAAAUACAGCGCGUCCUGCAUUAUAUGCGCAGCUCAAGAAUCGCACAGGGUUGCAAAUGCUCUCAUCCGUAUUCGCUGCGGCAUUAGAGAAACGACAAAGCCACAACACUAUUCACGCUCCGUCUACCUUUAAACCGCCACCUCGGGUUACGCUCACCGACAACAAGCGCGAGGCGUGGCUUCGAGAUCUGGCCAACCCGUCUGUUCCGCUGCGAAGGCUGAGCCGAACCAUUCCCAUGGGAUCCGCGGCAAGAUCCUACUGGACCAGUGCCUUGUGUGUCGGUGCGAAUGAAAUCCGUGCCUUCAAACGAAAAGGCACCAGCGGUGCUUUGGCUGUUGGGUUAGAGGCGAAAUGGGUCCGAGAAUGGACAACGAAUGUCCAGCAAUUUGUUGAAGGUGUAUUUGCUGCCCCCAAGUCCUCGGAUUGGAAGGCGAAGAUGACAUAUGCAGUCGGGUUGACUGCUCGUUUAUUCUCCGAAAACUUACUGGACCAUGACCAUUUCCUUGAAUGGUUCUUGUCAUCUUUUGAGGCUGCUUCUAUCGGCUCGAUACCAAUCUGGCUUUUGAUGCUCGGCAUAUACUGGAAUAGUAUCAUGCGAUAUCGGCGAAGGGGGCGACGAUUAGCUGAGCUGCUGCUCCAAAAAGUGCGACAGGCAACUGAAGCCAAAUUAACUCAGCUUCAGCCUCUCAUCGACCGUCUUUCUCGCUUCAUCAAAAAGCUUGUUCUUAACCAUACAUCCUCGAUGAUACUCCCAACUUGUUGGGAGAACUAUAAGCAACAGGUGUCAUCUGCCCUUGAUUUGGACAAUGAAGCAGAGAAAGCUCUUUUCCAGAGCCUCGCAGAGCGCAACGCGCGAGUGCAACGACCUAGACACUCGAAACAGACAACCCAACGAUCACCGCAUCAACGCAUCGUACAACUUCUCGACUCCAUACGCUCCGCCCAGGAUCUUUCUUCUACCUUUAGCUACCUCGAGGCUUUUGAUGACAAGGCUAUUUUGGUCUCCAAGCUAUUGGAAUGGCUCUCUACACCCUUCCGCCACGGUCUCUGGCGGGUUUACAUUGGUGUUCGUCUGCUCCGCAAAUGGAAAUUGUCCGGCGUCGAUAUAGACAGUCACAUACUGGCUUUUCUAUCCCGUGGACAGAAUAAUCAAAAGCUCAAUAUGGAUCAAAUCUACCAUGUCGUCUCUGAACUUGUCAGGUCACAGACAUUUUCAGUGGGUCGCUAUCUCCAAUGGCUUAUGGCACGGGGCGUUACCAAUGGAUUGACCUCAGCCGAGGAGCGCAAGGCGAAGGACUUGCCAAUCGAUAUCGGACUGAUAGCGCAACUCCCUGUUGCCCGUCUUCCAGAACAUGUUGGGAACUUGCGGAGUACCCUGCUGACUCGCACUGGGCUCUCUGCUUCAGAAGAGAAUGCCGCUAUUGAUAGCGCGAAAGAUACCAUCAGCCGACGUCUGCCCGGUAUCUUCGGCGUCAAUGACUCUGCGUCAAUGUCCUUAGACUCAUUAUCGUCAGACCUGCCUUGGGCCGUCAAAGCCGAGGUUGGCCAGUGGUUACGAGGAGCAAUUGCGGAACACACCCGGAGCGCAGAGUCAACUAACAGAGAAGCGAAUCCGGUUGGCAUUGCCCCUGUGGUGUCUGCGCUGACUCCCGGCGAGUUUUAUACCGUCCGUGAUGCUCUUGAAUCAUUUGGCGACAUUUCAAUGUUAGCAGAUGUGUUGAAGUUUGCAUCUAGUUGUGAUGAUAGCACCGUUCUCGCCUCGGUUGCAGAUACCACAAACUGCCAUUUCGACUCUCUUUGCGUGAUUGGCGCCACAACUGAUCUGUUCCGGAGACUCAUUGACGCCUACGCCGGAAUUAAAAAAGUUGGCAUGCCAAGUCUUGAUCUGAUAUUCUCCCUGAUCGAACUUGGUUUGCGUAUCCCGAGUGAACUCAACACUGUGUCCAUUCUUCGCCAGGAUCUCUCUCGGAUGGAGAACAAGUCAAUCAUGGCCGCAUCGUCUCCAGUCUCUGACCACAUUCCAGAUGGUUUUGGUGGCGUCGAUCCCUUCUUCCGAGAAAAGCUAGAUCAGCUUUUGCAAUCAGGAAAUGUCAUGGAUGAGCCCACUCUGGAUGCGAUUUUCAACACACUCAUAAAGCAUCUGGAGUCUGAUGAUGGCCAUCCAAACCUGUCAGCAAACGACACCUGCCGUUACCUUGCACAGCUCAGGUCUUUCCAUCCCAAGCACUUUGAUGGCAUUCUUGCCCGUUGGGUCUGUGGUCAUUUGCGAUCUCCUGAACGUACCGUCUUGCUGCGAAUUCUACCGCCGCUAAUUGGUGUCGGAUGCGUUACUAUCAGAGCUUUUCUGGCCCUUGCAAAGAGACUCACGCUCUCCACGCCAGCAACAGUCCCCAAUUCAGCCCAGCUGCCUGCUGACCUUGUCCAACUUCUUGUCCCUGGCGACGAAGAUAGCAAAUCCUUUGAUUUGGUGUCCUAUCGGUUCCAGUUGGCACAGCAGGAAUUUCUCAACAAGAACUCCGAGGAAGCCCUCAAAAUUGCUUGCGACGCCGCAUCCUCCAAGGCCGGUGGCCCUUCCGCUGGACAUAGCGAGCUGGAGCGCUCUAUAGUCAUGUUGUUACGUGACCUUCUUGUGCGACACCCCGAAUGCGCGGCACGGAAUGGCAUGCAAAAGCUCAUCGACCAAUCCCCAGCCGCUUUGAGUAUGGUCCAGAAAGCGCUUGACCUUUUGCUGGGCGUCGAGUCAGAGUCCGAUAGCAACUCGGUCCUCUCAAAGGUCGAAAAGCUUGCCCGUAUGACUGACGAUUUCUCACUCCCAUUUUGCCAGUUGAAGCUCCAAGUUCUAUUCCAUGCGGACUCAGGGUCUGAAGACCGAAACAGUAUUGUUGAUGCCAUGUUCAAAACUGCCGUGUCAGACUGUCGUGCUCAAAGACUCCAUUGGGUUGACCUGGUUGCACUGAUGAGCCCGGACGCCGUCCGCCAAAUCCGGGAACGUGCCGAGAAGGAGUUUUUCUCCAUCCCACUGCUUGAAGAGCCAAUAGGUGAUAUCCCUGAUUCGCCUGACAAGCUGGGAUCAUUGGAAACUGCCAAAAUGUAUCUCACUAUUAUUGAAGAGCUUGCAAGUAGCAUCCCUGAUUCAGGAGCUCCAUCUGUCGCUCCAGUGCUUGUGGAAAAGAUGGAUUCCCUUCUCCACAAGAUCAUCACUAUGCACAGCAGUACCCUCGCCAAGGGUGUGGCCAACACAGACCGUUCAAAGUUCGAGCGUGCUCUUGCAUUCUGGUUCUCUGCUUUGCUGAGGAUCAUCGUCCUCCAUCGGUCUGCAUUCGCCCAACCGCCACCAGCUCUCAAGAUCAAUCCUCUGCACGAGCAGCUCCGACUUCUGACAUCAAUAUUCUGCAUUGCACUCUCGCGCCUUCCCGGAGAUGUCCUUCGUCUAUUCCCUGCAGCGGAUUACUUCCCGCAUCCGCCCCCGGCUGAAGGCUACCGUCCCUGCCCAGGGAUCCUCCUACAGACCCACGCCCUCGACGUGGCCGCCUCGUUAAUCGACAUCUUCCCAGACGAAGUCCGCCACCAAUGCGCACGGUUUCUGAAGGAGAAAUGUCCAUCCUUCGUUCCAUUCCAGAACGACUCUCGCUUCCUCUACCUCCUUGGCCCAAUGACCGACCAAUACCCUGCAAAUGCCCAGCAAGUCUCAGCCCCCUCUCCGGCAGCAUCAGGGUCCACGCCAACACCCACACCUGGUCUAUUUGGUAUUGUUGGAUCAUCCCCAGCGCAGCAGUCUGCCGCAGCAACUCCGGGACUGUCUACCAUACCGGCAGACUCGAACUGUAUUGCCAACCGACUUCGUCUUCAACACCGCGGUCGUGUUGUUGGUCCCUAUCCAGUCCGUCCUUGGGAACUACUUGAGGACGCGGCGCCGUUCCUGGGCGUCAAUGAUACAGCUGUCAAUCUGGGCUUUUUCGACGCUAGGCGUGUGAGAGCUUGA